AACUGAGAUAUCACUGCUUAUAUUCAUAAAAAGCCAGGCUUUGCGGUUCCAACUAUGGAAAUGUGUAUUGCCGUAAAUGUGAUUGCUGUAAUGAGAUGAAAGCAACAAAUAGAUUUGUUUUCUUUCAGAAAGUCACUUGCAUGAGAUUUUUAGGCUACACACUCUAGCAGUAAACGUGGGGUAAAUUGAUCGUCCUGCCUACUUGUAAACUUUUAGGACGUUGGCUCAAAGUCACAAAAUAAAAAUUCAGGGAAAAAUGUAAAAUGAAUAUUAUAAUUAUUUUUCAAGGUUUUUCGUCCAUGGUUUAAUCAGUAUGUAACCAUUUGUCACGGACUAUUAAUAUGAAUCCAAAGUAAUUUUGCCGCAUAAACAGAGUCUUUGUCCAAAAUAAGUCACAGCGAUAAUAUUUUAAAUAUGCACUUCAGUUUUAUUUGAUUGAUACACACUGCACCUACAGUUGAGAUUGGUGAUUUGACAUUGCGUUACCGAAGAUAAUGGGGUAUGAUUUUUUUUUAAUUCUUCAUUCAGCAUCGGUGGCUGACAUGCUACAGUCAAGUAUUUCUAUGCAGGACUUGUCCUUUAAAAAGGGUGUUUCGGCCUAAUGAAAAACAAAGAACAGGCCCAUAUUUUUGUCGCCGACGUGUAGCCCAAUAUGUCUUUAUGCAAUAAGAGAAUGGAAAAUCCUUGGCUUGCGUGCGAUGCAGUCGCGCGGUACUGUAGGAAUAGGCCAGCGGACUGCUGGCUGUGUGUCUUACGGGCAAUUCGCAGCGCGAAAGCAGGCGCUGCGCACUGGCGUAAUAAUAGCCGUCUGCGAGUCAAAGCGGUGCUAUUUAAGAAGGGGGGAGUGUCCGCCAACCCUCAUUGGAUCGCUGUGAUUCAGGGGAUUCUAGUGAAGUUCGAGAGGGUGGAGAGAACGAUACGGCGAACGAUAUCAAAAAUAAACCUCUUUAGUCUAAGAAGGGCAAGAAGGUAUAAAUACCACCGUUACUAGUAACCUCCGCUGGUGCCGCGGAGUAGAUAGUUCAGGGUUUAGAUCUUUCACCACUAGUAUGCAGAGCUAACUGCAACAAUAAUGUUAGAAAAUUCUAGACCAAGACUGGUUUUACAGUACUGAUGUUAGAAUGAUUUGGAACAACCUCCGCAGGAUUGGUUUUCUAUAUGUUUAAUUCCUUCUAUUCGAGAUUUGCUUGAGUUAUUGUAGCUCUAAUAUUAUAUUAAGCUAAGUAAAUAGCAGUUUAAUAUAUACUUAUGUAUAUGUGUGUAACCGUUACUGGAAUCAGGAGAUAUUUAUUUUGCGCUCGCUUAAAAUAGAAAGUGAAUAGAAGAGAAGGCGUUUUACAUUUAUUAAUUUUCAAACACUGAUUGUGUAAGAUGCUUUCAAGAUACAUUAUACCUUUAUUAAUUCUCUAUGUUACAAACUUCGCACUUUCUGAGCUGUAUGAAUCGGAAGAAGUUCUACCUGUUAAGUUAACCAGGAGAAGCGGCGGUCGCUUUUGGAAACGGAGUGAAGAAAAGCCCAGUUUCAGAAUUAUGGCCUUCGGUAAAAACUUCGUUUUAAAUCUGACGCCCGACAACAGCUUUUUAUCUCCAAAUCUAAAGAUUCAGCGCAUUAAAAGGAAGCAACUGUCUGCCCUGUUUCAUGCUGCAGACUCACGAGAUGCACCCAGUUUCAAAGUUGAAACAGAUCUUCUCGAAAAUAUUAACUGGACAGAGGAGGCUGAAGGGAAUCUCAGAAGUUGUUUCUACUCGGGGACUGUGGACUUCAACCAAGACUCUGUUGUUGCUGUCAGUCUGUGUAACGGGAUCCACGGAUCGUUUAUAACGGAAGGAGACGAGUAUUUAAUUGAGCCCAAACUCGCUCACCGUGGCUCUCCCCCGCAAUCCACUACACAGUUGCACGUUGUCAAAAGACGGCUUUUUGCGAACACACACGGCGACCACAGAAGCACAUCCGAUUUAAAAGAAGGGAACGAUGAGACAGCCGGAGGAGGCACCUUAUCCCAACGAAGUGUGACUGAGCAGGCGAGGAGAAGGCGCUUCGUGUCGGCACCGAGAUACGUGGAGACUCUGGUGGUUGCGGAUUCAUCAAUGGCACAUUUCCACGGCGACGAAAUAAAGCACUACGUGCUGACGCUGAUCGCCAUGGUCGCCCACAUCUACAAGCACCCCAGCAUAAAGAAUUCCAUCAGUGUGGUGGUGGUGAAGAUGCUGGUUGUGGAAGAUGAGGAGCUGGGGCCGUCUGUCUCCAGCAAUGGUGGUGUGACGCUUCGCAGCUUCUGUGCCUGGCAGCAGCUGUUCAACCCCCCCAGCCAGAGACACCCAGAGCACUAUGACACAGCUCUACUCUUCACCAGAGAGGACAUCUGCGGGCACCAGAGCUGUGACACGCUGGGCGUUGCUGACGUGGGCACCAUGUGUGACCCCAAGAGGAGCUGCUCUGUCAUCGAGGACAACGGGCUGCAGGCUGCUGUCACGGCUGCCCACGAGCUAGGUCACGUGCUCAGCAUGCCGCAUGACGACUCCAAGAACUGCCAAGGCCUCUUCGGGCCCCUGGGUCAGCACCAUGUAAUGGCCCCCCUGUUCAUGCACCUUAACCACAGCCUGCCCUGGUCGUCCUGUAGUGCCCUCUACAUCACGGACUUCUUUGACAAUGGACAUGGGGACUGUCUGCUGGAUGAGCCUGACGCCGCCCUGUCCCUCCCCACACCGCUGCCGGGCCGUUCCUACGGGCUGGACCGACAGUGCCAGCAGACCUUCGGCGAGGAGUUCGCCCACUGCCCCAACACGUCAGACUCGGACAUCUGCAGUCAGCUUUGGUGCAGGGAGUGGGGGGAGCCGCAUUGCACCACCAGGAAUGCCAGCCUGCCGUGGGCGGAUGGCACGCUAUGUGGAGCUGGCCGAGUCUGCCUGGAAGGGCUCUGCGUGGCGGCAGAUAAGGCUACACCACCCAAGGUGGCUGUGGAUGGCAGCUGGGGGGCGUGGUCACCAUGGGGGCGUUGCUCUCGGACCUGUGGCGGUGGGGUAGAGUUCUCACACCGCGAGUGCACCAGCCCCGAGCCCCAAAACGGCGGGAGAUACUGCGAGGGCCAGAGGGUUAAAUACCGCUCUUGCCAGACGGGGGCCUGCGGGGGCAGCAGUGGGAAGAGCUUCAGGGAAGAACAGUGUGAGAAAUACAACAGCUUCAGCUACCUGGACAUCCACGGAAACGUCAAGGAGUGGAUCCCAAAGUACGCUGGAGUCUCACCCCGGGACAGGUGUAAACUCUUCUGCAGGGCAAAGGGCAGCAGUGAAUUCAAGGUGUUCGAAGCCAAGGUUGUUGACGGCACCACAUGUGGCCCCGACACCACCUCCAUCUGCGUGCAGGGCCAGUGCAUCAAGGCGGGCUGCGACCAGGAGAUCGGAUCCAAUGCCAAGCUGGACAAGUGCGGGGUCUGUGCCGGGAAUGGAUCCAGCUGCCGGAAAGUCAGCGGCUCCCUCAGCAAGGCCGUCUAUGGCUACAGUGAUAUUGUCACCAUACCAGCUGGGGCCACCAAUAUCGACGUGAAACAGCGCAGUCACCGCGGCGUGAAGCACGACGGUCACUACCUGGCCAUCCAGGCAGAGGACGGCAGCUACAUCCUCAACGGGAACUUUUCUGUGUCGAUGGUGGAGCAGGACAUCCCGGUGGCAGGGGCCCUGCUGCGCUACAGCGGCUCCGCCACCACGCUGGAGCGCGUCCAGAGCUUCCAGCGGCUCCGGGAGGCCGUCACCAUCCAGCUGCUAGCCACCACCGGGGAGGCCUCCCCCCCCAAGGUGAAGUACACCUUUUUCCUCCCAAAGGAUGUGCCAUUCAGCAAGGCCAAGGAGAAGAAAGGUUCUCCACAUGUGAUCCAGCCACUGGGGGUGCCCCAGUGGUCCUUGGGCGAGUGGUCGGAAUGUUCCAAGUCCUGCGGCUCCGGCUGGUCACGGCGUGACGUUGAGUGUCGCGAUGCCAGCGACUUCCUCUCUGAGUUGUGUGACACGGACCUGAGGCCCGCAGAUAUCCGGGCCUGUGCGGACCUGCCCUGCCCAGUCUGGCAGAUGGGGCCCUGGUCCUCCUGCUCUCGAACUUGUGGUCUGGGCGUCCAUCGUCGCAGCAUCUUCUGCACCGACUACACAGGCAAGAUGGUGGACCCGGAGAGGUGCGAUCCAGCCCGCCUGCCUGAGCCAGUGUCAGGAGAGUGUCUCAUCCAGGAGUGUGAGGACACGGAACUAAUGAAACAGGAAGUACAGGGCAGGCAGUGAGGGUGACCUGAGCAGCAGAAUGGAACAGAGUAGUGACCUACUAACCAGCCUUGACCGUGCUUCCAAGACAAGCAGGAAAACCGUAGGUUGAAACAGAGUGGAUAGUGCACUAACUGACCUGAGCAAGUUACGAGGCAAUGGCCUGUUUCUAAGAUUAACUUAAAAGGUUUGUUAUUGUCUUUGUGUUUUUUUAAUGAAUAACCACUAUUGACAUUUUCUAACCCAAUAGAGAUCUACCUCAGAGUAUGUAAGAUUGUUACAGAUGUUAGGUGAUGAUACUGUAUGCUUUUUCUAGCCACAAAGGGAAGCUGCCUUUGCAUGUUUCCAUUCCAUUGCGGAAUCUGAUCUUCCACAGCUCAGGCUAAGCAAAAAAAUUGACCUUGUCCAGAAACCUGACCGGUUAGACUAAUUUCUAUUAAUCAGCCAUAUUUAAAGCACAUAAAACACUCAUUUCCUUUUGUUUUAUAAUUCCUUUUGUUUUAUAAUUAUUUUGAAAAAAAAAACGAAUGAAUCAAAUGUGAGGAAUAUUAAAGUAUGGUUCCUGAUCUAUUUAAAGUAACACAAAACAACAACUCCUAUUUCUAUUGAGACACUGUACCUGAAAACCGUUGACAAUAAGCUGUUGCUGCAGUAUGCUGCAGUUUCACUGGCUGAAUAUUUCCUGCCUUUCUUCAUGAUCAAUUCAGGCCAAAGUCAUGUAACACUCUGUGCCCAAUGUCUGAAGAUUAUACUAGAAUAUUAUUUAUUUCCGGCUUUAUUUUCUGCCUUUUCACAGAACCUGGAAUGUUAGGGGGUGCUUGCAGGUCUCAGUAAGACGUACUUUUAGGUAUCCUCGUGGAAAUUUUACUAUAUUAUAGGCCAACACAUCUCUGCAUAUUUGACAAGCAUGUAUUUAUUGUAGCUAAUUUUACCUAAAAAAGUGCCAUUCUUACCCAUUACGCAGUUUAUUUUCUUGCUGCUUAUUUGGAUGCAUAAGUUUCAAUAUUCUUGCUGCUUUUCAAGAGAUGUAUUACUCUAGAUGUUUACAAACAAAGAUUUUUCCUGCUUAAUGUUGAAAAAGCCGCAGUUGGAUAAUGUAUGACAAACAGGGACUCACCUUGACAAAAACCAUCAACAUAGGAAUGUAAAAAGCCUUAGAAAUGUCUCCCCUUUGUGACGGAAGUGCAUCAGACCUAGUAAACGAUAGCUGGAGUAAAUCAUAUGUUAAUUUAUAUACGUAGGUACGUUUAUGUGAGGAUAUCAGAUUUUUUCCCUUGUAAAAGGAUGAAUAGCCUCAGAGUCGACCUUCUCCUUGCAAAUACAGUCAGGAGUCAGAUGUAGUGCAGAGCAGUGUGACAGGGUCGGUGGGCCUACCUGCCUUUCCUUCUAUUCAGUAGAGUAAAGUAGACCUAGUUUAUAUGUCUUCGAGAGCGGCUCCCGUUGCUGGGGAGUGUGAUUAGAGACAAAGAGAGACUCGACCAAAGAAAGCACACCUGAAGCGCGGCCAAAGGUCCGGACACCGUGACAGGAAAACGAAGGCCAGCACGUUCAAAAAUCUUUCACAUUGAUUUCAGUGAAACCCAAAUCCAAAAUUCAAACCGAACACAAUGCUUUUAAAAAUUAAUCUGUGUUUUUUUUUGUUGUUCUAAAUAUAUCUUUGUGGAAUUGUGUGAUGUAUCAUUCCGGACGUGUACAAAAGAUUUUUAAAAAGUAAAUCCAAUGCAUAAAGCCGUUGUAUCCCUUCAGUGAAGGACAUGAGUCUUUUAUUAUUUUAGCUUGCAUUCAAAGCUAUUUAUUUUUGUAAAUUUUGUAUCUUUUGGACAUCAGAUUAUAAAAGUUUUUGAGAUGCUGCUGUCUUCCAGAAUAAUAUGUAAUUCACAAAGUUGUAAAGUAAAAUAUGAGAAUAAAGUUGUCUCUUUUAACACCA